CCUGGGCGGCGAGCAAGGGGAGGGCCGCGAGUCGCCCGUGACCCGAGCAUGGGACGGCGCGCCUGAAGGAGCAGGGGUGAGGAAGGGGCCUGGGACCCCGAAAGGAAAGAGAGUCGGGGCACGUGAGCCACGGAGGAGAUGCAACUGACACGCUGCUGCUUCGUGUUCCUAGUGCAGGGCAGCCUCUAUCUGGUCAUCUGUGGCCAAGAUGAUGGUCCCCCGGGUGCAGACGACCCUGAGCGUGAUGACCGCGAGAGCCAGGCCCGGCCCCGGAUGCCUCGGAAGCGGGGCCACCUCUCCCCUAAGUCCCGCUCUAUGGCCAAUGUCACCCUCUUAGGGCUCCUGGCUCCACCUGGGGAGGCAUGGGGGAGCCUAGGGCAGCCCCCCAGCCGUCCAAACCACAGUCCCCCACCCUCGGCCAAGGUGAAGAAAAUCUUUGGCUGGGGCGACUUCUACUCCAACAUCAAGACGGUAGCGCUGAACCUGCUGGUCACUGGGAAGAUCGUGGACCACGGCAACGGGACCUUCAGCGUCCACUUCCGGCACAACGCCACGGGCCAGGGCAACAUCUCCAUCAGCCUGGUGCCCCCCAGUAAAGCCGUCGAGUUCCACCAGGAGCAGCAGAUCUUCAUCGAAGCCAAGGCCUCCAAAAUCUUCAACUGCCGGAUGGAAUGGGAGAAGGUGGAGCGGGGCCGCCGGACCUCGCUGUGCACCCACGACCCGGCCAAGACCUGCUCCCGAGACCACGCGCAGAGCUCGGCCACCUGGAGCUGCUCCCAGCCCUUCAAGGUCGUCUGCGUCUACAUCGCCUUCUACAGCACGGACUACAGGCUGGUCCAGAAGGUGUGUCCCGAUUACAACUACCACAGCGAUACCCCCUACUACCCCUCCGGGUGACCCGGGGCAGGCCACGGCGGCCAUGGCGGUCAGGGCUGGGAGGACAGUCUGCCCGGCAGGAGGCCAUUCGUCUGGACAUGGGCAGGGCAGGGGAGGACCUCAGGCAGGGAGGGGGUGGACAGGAGAGGUCAUGUGGGGCCGGGACCAAGGCUCAAGUGGCCCCGGAGGGCCCCAGGUGCUGGCCGGGCCUGAGGCGGCGGCCCCGGGGGGCAGGAGCUCUGAAGGAGUUCCCUGUGCGGCUUUAUGGGACUGGCGCACCCAGCGGCGGGCGGGCAGAUGCUGGGCCCCCAGGCCCUUGGGUAGACAGACCAGGGUGACCCAGGUAAAGUCACCGGGAGGAGCUACAACCUGGGCUCCCUCCCUGCCAUCCUGAGAAGGGACGCAGCAAGGAGAAGGGGGUUUCGUCAGCCUGGACACCAACUAGGCGCCGAAGCUGGGCUUUCUGGGAGCCGCCCUUGGGGUGGCAACGGGAAGAACUCUGCCGCCCUCCCACCGGGCAGCCCUCAGUCUCUUGUCCUGGAGGGGGGCUGAGACUCCAGCGCUGUCCCACGAGUCACUGAUGUCUUGGCAACUAGACCCCUGCCUCUAGCCAGGCCACCCCUUUCCAGAAGUCCCUCUCAUGCCAUCGCCCCCCACCUCUACCCACCCUGGAGCUGGCAGGACACUGUCCUGAGACGCAGGACGGUGGUGGGUCUCCCAGCGCCACAGCCACGGGGAUGCGCCCGUGUGCUGCCCCCUGCUGGCUCCUCCUGACCGCCCUUGUCCAGUGCGUCUCCCGUCAGGGCCUGGCUCGCCCAGGGGAGACGGUGCCUCCCUCGGGGCCCCGGGGCCUGGCAACUUAGAGCGGAGCGGCCACUGUGGAGGGGGAGCUGGCCCUGUUCUAUAGUGUCUGUCUGUGAUGGGGGAGUGG